CAAGAGGAGGGGCUCUAUUUCUGUGACGUGCCUCUUGUUUCCCCCUAGUCAGUGGUACAGCCCGCAGACUUCUUACUGUCAUGGCGGCGUCCUGCGCUAAAUUCGGAGCUUUUCUGGCGCGUCCGGUGUUGCUUGUCAGGAGGUUUUCUGCUCUUUCCCUCCAAGCUGAAAGCAGUGCAACAGCUCUCCAGAGGUCAGAACUGAACCGCAAAAUUCCCUACCAAAUAAGAAAUGCUUCGGGAUUGUGCGCCAAGUUGUGCCGCCCCACGCAACUGUCUGCAUGUACAGCACUUCAACCGCCAUUUGGAAAUCAGCUGACCACUCAAUAUACAUCAAUUCUCGAUAGGGUAACCCCACUCCUUCCGAGCAUGGUGCAUCAUCCUGUCAGGUCGCUGACUUACUUCGGCUUGCGCUCUGGGAAGAGGAAAACCGUGAAGUCUGUCGUCGAUCGCUUUAUGAGACUGCACUGCGGACUGUGGGUUAGAAGAAAGGCUGGUUACAAAAAGAAGCUGUGGAAAAAAUCAGCGGCAAGAAAGAAGCGCCUACGGGAACACGUAAUCUGUAACAAGACCCAGAGCAAGCUCCUUGAUAAGAUGACAACCCCCUUCUGGAGGAGACGUAACUGGUACAUCAACGAUCCCUACCAAAAGUACCAUGACCGAACCAAUCUCAGAGUGUAGGUCCUGCUCUCUAGGGCCACUGUAUGUGUCAUGUGAUAUAUAUAUAUUCUACUAUGGAAACAACAAUAAUAAAGUAUUUGCUUAUAACUAG